AUGACAAGAAAGGGGAAGCCGAAGAAGGCAAAGGCGGGUGAUGCAUCCCUGCGUAUUGCAUUGAACUAUGAAACGGUUCUUCCUCUUGUUUUUGUGGAGAGUAUGGAUGAAGUGCGAGCCAAGUAUAAACCCUACAAAAUCAUUGAGGAAGAACUCUCGGACGGUUGUGCGGAUGACAAGCUUGCCGUUCCCACAAGGCGAUCAGCUUCACCCCAACAAGCUAGAAAAGGAGCUAGGCCUUCUCCUACUACAAUGGAGGUCGUUGCCAAAACUUCUGCUUUGCCUUCUGCUCGUGCCGGCUGGGGGGCGCAGGCGCUGCGCGAGAGCACUCCAUAUGCAAUGCUGCGGCGUUGCGAUUUUUUUGAUCGCUGCAGCUAUAUUAUGGAUCACGAGGACUACGUGUGGUGUAAUGAAGGCAAUGUUCUUAGUUCUUCCUUUACGGAGGCAAUUACAAAACUGGAAAAAAUCUAUGCCAUGCAACUUGGACUGGCAUCUAGGCGGGAUGAGGCUCUGACCAACUUGGAUACAUCUGUCAAUGGUUCCUGUAACAGUAAUAAUCAUACCGCUCCUAAGAAAUCGGGUAAAAAUACAGUGGAGGUAUGUGGUGUGUGUUCGCGGUCAGAGCUGCUUGAGGAGAGUGGGCGUUUCCUUCGAUGCGGACGAUGUGGGUGCAAGGCGCACGUGAAGUGUUGGAUUUUGGAAACUUUGCCGCCUAAUGCAGACAAUUGGUUUUGCCCAUGUUGUGUGUUAGCGCGACGUGAGAAGGGUGGUGCUCGUUGCUAUUCAUGUGGAAGGAAAGGGGGUGUGAUGCUGCCCUUUGUUUUGGGCCAUGGGUGGAAACGCGAAGGUGCUGUUGCGACUUCCCUUUUCUGCCACAUUGUGUGUGCCCUCACCUUUGGAGAGCUGGCCAUCGACGUGAAGCAGCGAGUGGUGCACCCCGCAAAGCGUGCAAGGAAGUCCGAUCGAUUGGCCUACUGCGUCUUCUGCCACGGGGAUAGUACGGGGGCGCGUGAGCGGUGUCAUCAUCCUCGCUGCUUUGAGUCCAUGCACCCCUCGUGUGCACAGCAGGCCGGUACCUUGGAGUGCUACCGGGCUCCGCAUGACGCAGCUGCCUCGGGUCCAUGGGCGGGAUGCCACCUGUACUGCCGUGCGCACUUUGGCGUGGUGGUGGACGCGGAGUUGGGGCUGGCGCGCGUUGGGGAGCUUGCGGAGGCGGAGGCUCUCCGCCGCGUAACUUUGGAGGACAUUAGCGGGUCCACACGACCCCCACGAAGAGGACGACCUCCGAAUGCGAAGUUUACGGCAGCUAAUUUGGAGGCCGUCAAAAAGUAUUGGGUUGAGAAGCGUCUGCGACGGCACCAUGAGGGUCUGAAGAAGGCGAAAAGCAUUCGAGAAGGCAAAAGCGAUAUUGUCUCCGUCGCUCUCCGGCCCGAAGUCAUGAAGAUCACUCCAACCGAGGUGCGACUCGCACGUUUUGUCUGCCUUAUUCCGGAACUACAGUAUUACGUCAAUGCAACCGUUGAAGGGGUAUUGCCUAUCCCGGACGAGGAGUACGAUGACGUGGAGGAGUAUAGGAAAAAUCACUCCCGCACUCGCUACGCAAAUAACUCAUCAAGGCUAUAUGAAAAGCUGCAGUCUGUUGCCUCUCACAUGAAAGUUUUUUGCGAGCUUGCCGAUUUGCUGCACCAGCGGGCUGUGCUUCGGCGGGAGUUGGUGGAGAGCGACCUACAGCUUCUUGAGGCGCGCUGUCCCUGGAUGGCUGAAGUCACGUAA